UGAUUGCUCAUAAUGAUUGACGCUGAAGUCUAAUGAUAUUUCGAGUGUCUUGUAAUUUCAUUCUUUGAACCUGACACUGCCACUGACUGUCUCGCACUGUAGUCUAUAUCAUGUAUAUAGACAGCCAUAAGAACUGCCCCACUCCACGAUAUAAUCACAUUGUCCCUAAUACUAGCCUCUCCACCAACCAGGCAGACUGAACCUGGACUUUGAGUCCGACGGUUGAGCGAAUAACUUAGCAUGUCAAAUACAAUUAAAAAUCAUUUUGCACUAUGACACCGGAAAUAGUUCUUACGGCGCGUCUUUGUAAAUAGCGCGCGCGCGGGGAAUACCACGUUUGUCUAGUUUUAGUUACAAUGUACAACAUGUACAAUGUGAACAGCUAAAUGGUUUCACUUCUGCGUUAAAUUCCAUUUGUAAAACCGCUAUUUGACGAUGAGAUAUAACCUAGCUUGUAAUCCUGAAAGUGUCGUCUGAUUUCUUCAACAUGCCUGUGGCUUUAAGCGAAUGGAGAGUCCGAAUUGGAACAUUUGUCCAUAGGAUAAAAGAGUACGUGGUCAGAGAGAUGAGAGAAGAAUUGCUUAGAGAACGUAUUCAGAGGCUAAGGGUCCUUUGGAAACGACUCAAAGCGAUGGAGGGUGAUUCUGAAGGAGGGUCGCAAGAUAAGGAGGCCAGACAAGAUGAAGUGGAUUCAUCUGAUUCUUCGCUUGUGAAUCAACAAGGCGACUGCAAUGCAGAACCAAGCACUAAAACGGGUCAAGAUUCACCACAGUCGUGUUGUGUAGGGAGUGAUGCUUUACAUCAUGAACCAUCUAGUCAAACGGUAAUGUCUCAUAAAGAGUCCGCUUCACUAAGUACAACGACGCAUUCAAAGGUUUGCACGAGACUUUGCCCAUCCCGUCCUUUUCUCUCUUCCUUUCUUUCUCCUUCCUUUUAUUACUGCUUUCCUUUAAUUUUCCUAUUUUCUUUUUUAUGUUUGCCCCUUGGUCCCGUAUUUGGUAUUUCCCUUUCUGUUUCUCUUUCCUUCCUUGUCGUCGUUCCCUUUUUACUUUCACUUUUUCUCUCCCCUUUCCUCCCCUUUUCCCGACGGGAGCAAAGUUUUGGAGAGUGUCACACCUUCACAGCUUCCCCCGUAAGCAACGGUUCCAACUUGAAAGAAGUGGUUGAUAAAGAGUUACCUCAACAGCCUAAUCCUAAUCUACAGGAGUCAAUGCUUGUUAGAGCGGGAGAUGUGGAACUCAACCCAGGCCCUCGUCAAGGCACGAUUGAUAGUGCCCUUCAAGACAUGGAGCUAGUAUUACUUGCUAAAGAUGUUCCUGGUGACAACUACUAUGAAUUGUGCAUUUGCAUGGGCUUCAGCUACAUAGAGAGCAAAAAUCUUCUCACAGAGCAUCACUUGAACAUCCCAGGAGCUUUGCUGGAACUUUUCGGUCGAUGGAAAAUCAAGCAGAGAGAUGGCACAAACUGCAGGACAGUACUUGGAGAGAUUCUGGAAAAGGCCAACAUGGGUGCGCUUCAAACAAAGCUAUUAGAAGGUGGAUAUCUUAAAUCUGAUAAGAAUGUGCCAAGCAAAGGAAAACCUCAAGAGGCCAUGACUGAAGAACAGGUUUCACAGUGUGCUGAAGACCUCAAGUCCUUCUAUCUUGAACAAAUGUGCAAGAUAAAACCCGACCCGCUUGAUUUCAAUCUAAUCGUCCAAUUCGAACAACUUUACACCAAUUUAGUUCUACUCAGGCAUGACAAAGGAUUAACGAGAGACACACUUCCUCUGGAUUACAAGAAUCUCUUCACUACAAGAGUUGACGGAGUGCUUCCUAAACGACUUCUGGUUGAAGGUGAAGGUGGUGUUGGUAAAACGACUUUGUGCUCUAAAAUUGCACGGGACUGGUCCGAAGGGUGUGAUGAGUACAAACAAUUCAAAUGGGUCUUGGUUAUACCACUGCGUAACGUUAUCAAAGGUCAGACAAUUGGAGAUUGCAUGAAAUACUAUCUCAAUGAAAACAACAUCGUAAGCCCAGAACAGAUUGAACAUUUCAUGAUAUCCCAGCCCUCAAAGGUUUUGAUUGUACUUGAUGGAUUCGAUGAGUAUGAUGGAGACCUAUCUAACAAUGACAGAUCAGGUAUUUCUCAGGUUCUGCGAUUGGAUAAAUUUAAGCAAUGCACGGUACUUGUGACAACGAGACCGUGGAAGGCACACGAGAUCAAGUGCAAUAAAGGACUUUGCGGAUCAUAUGCUUUCAUUGCAGUUAAAGGGUUCAGUGCUGAAAAUGUCUCGAGCUAUAUUAGCAAGUACUUCGUAAAGGAUGUAGACGCGGGUAAAGAGCUGAUUCGUUUCAUUGAAGUGAAUGAUGUGAUCAAGGAAAACAUGGCGCCCUUCCCAAUUUACGUUGCUAUGCUUUGUAUCCUGUGGGAAAAUAUAGACAUUGAGAAAAGAGAAACGAUUCGCAGACUGAAGACAUUUUCGCAAUUAUUUGAGCAAAUGAUAAUUUUCUUAAAGGACCAUUACGUAUCAAAACUGAAGGCCACCAAUACUUUAAAUGAAGAACUACUGAAAAAUGAAUAUAAUCAAGCUGAGGUUUGUAUAAAGCAAAUCGGCUUAGUGGCAUUUUCUGGGGUCCUUAUGAGAAAGCUUGCUUUCAAAGGGAAUGACUUCAGAUCAUUAAAGGACGCCAUGGAGACAUGUUGCAAAGUAGGGAUCCUUAGUAGAGAUCAUGAACAUGUAUCGAGAUGGAAAAGGUCUAUGCGUGAUUCGCCAGCUGUAACAAACGUUUUCUUUCCUCAUAAACUGUUCCAGGAAUAUGUGGCAGCUCUCUAUCUAGCAUCUCUUCAUGAGACUGAUCGCGAGGAGUUUAUAAGGUCAACUGGCAAAGUAAUGGGAGCUAACGUCCAAGAAUUCAGAUAUCUAUUGUAUUUCACUGCUGCCCAGGUGAAAGAGAUUGGUCUCGAAAUAGUUAAGAUGUUACAAGGGAGCAACCAAAUCCAUCCGGCCCUCAUGCAGGAUAUCGUAGGCUGCUCUCCGUCAAUAUUGCCAAGAGGAAUAGAUUAUACUUUUCUUGUAGACGUUACCUUUGAAGCUUAUGACAAAGAUAUAGCAAAGGCAGUUGGGCAAAGGAUAUUUGCAGAGAAACGGACGUUAAAAAUCGAUAAAAACAUGUCUGCUCACACGGUGUCUGGUUACAUGUUCAUCAUGGAACAGCAUCAAGUGGAAACGCUGGAGUUAAGAAGAAAUUGCGGACCGACUGUAUCUCGGGACAUAGCCGACCUGCUUUCUUCACCAACUUCUUUGACAACAUUGAAGAUUUUGGAAACGUAUCUCGAUGACGAGUUCUAUUCUCUGGCAUUAAAUGUCUCAAAGAGAGGUGAAGCGUUCAGCAUAGUUCAGGAACUCCAUAUUGACGAUCGGUUCCUUUGCGGCCUACGCAAAUUUGACACAGCCAUCAAAACCAUAUUCCCCAACCUGAAGCGGCUAAGAAUUUUGACUCUUCACACUGUCUCUCCGGUGAUGGUUGAACAAUUGGCACAAGCCAGCCUAGAGGUGUUGUAUUUCGAGCGCGGACAUGAUUCGGGAGAGCGAAGCCGUCAACCAGUUCCUCUUAUUGGAGACCCUGUUUCACUAGGACAUCUUUUCUCAGAAUCAUUCCAACAACUCACCUCUCUGGUCUUCAAAAAGCUCAUGAUCGGAAACAUACGCACUAGGUCAAUACUGCAGAGUCUAAAGAAGCACCAGCAUUUGAAAACAAUUAGAAUCUUCGCUUGUUUUACGGAUAACGAACUAGAUCCCCUGGCAGAACAAAUAAAUGCAGAGAACAGGAUUAAAGUGACACUUCAACAUGACGAGGAACAAAGCUCAUUGAAGGUUAAGCCAUCGACAGACUUGAUAGAUGCACUUUGUCAUCGAACGAGUGUUUGUGAGUGGACUGUGAAGGACUUUUUUCCAGACCGUCUUGGCAAAUAUAAGAAGAAAGAUGACUUGUGUUUUCCAGACCUUCAUGGCAGAGAGGUGGAUUCCAAGAUCCACAUUGUAAGCUUAUACGAUUUGAACCUUGUGAGUCAGCAAUCAGGAUCAUGUUGUCUUGGGAGGUUUCUCUCUCUACUCCCUCGUCUUACAGACCUGACUGUCGUCCACUGUUUCUUUCAUGAUGAUUUCUAUAGAGAGACUGCUGAACGUGCUUCUUCAUCUCAGAUUCACACUGUAAAGUUCGACUGUUUUGACGUUGUGUAUCAGCAAUCAGGAUCAUGUUAUCUUGGGAGGUUUCUCUCUCUACUCCCUCGUCUUACACACCUGAAGAUCUCUUCCUCUUCCUUUCAUGAUGAUUUCUACAGAGAGAUCGCUGAACAUGCUUCGUUAUCUCAGAUUCAUACUGUAAAGUUCGACGAUUUGUUCGUUGUGAAUCAGCAAUCAGGAACACGUUGUCUUGGGAGGUUUCUCUCUCUACUCCCUCGUCUUACAGACCUGAAGAUCUUCCAAUGUAACUUUCAUGAUGAUUUCUACAGAGAGAUCGCUGAACGUGCUUCGUCAUCUCAGAUACACAUUGUAGAGUUCCGCAGUUUUCACGUUUUGAAGCAGCAAUCAGGAUCAUGUUAUCUGGGGAGGUUUCUCUGUCUACUCCCUCGUCUUACAGACCUGACGAUCAACUGCUGUUCCUUUCAUGAUGAUUUCUACAGAGAGAUUGCUGAACGUGCUUCGUCAUCUCAGAUUCACACUGUACGCUUCGACGGUUUGGUCCUUGUGAAUCAGCAAUCAGGAUCAUGUUAUCUUGGGAGGUUUCUCUCUCUACUCCCUCGUCUUACAGACCUGACAAUCUCCUCCUGUUCCUUUCAUGAUGAUUUCUAUAGAGAGAUCGCUGAAGGUGCUUCGUCAUCUCAGAGUCCUUACUUCAUGGAAAGGAAACACAUCCCUUUAUUAGAUAAGUACUGGCCAAGAUUGAGAGAGCUUCAAUCGCCCGCUGAAAGUAGUUCAUCCGCUGCUUCUGCUAACCAUUCUGAAACUGAGCCAUCGCAGCACCGGAUGCACCAUCAACUGGUUCGCGUGCCUUUGCCACAGGUCAUUUCUCCAGCAACCUACUUUGGUAGGCACGACCAUAUAGCUAAAUAUGCCAUACCCAAAGCUACAAUAGACACAUACAAAUAUGCAAUGUUCCCUAGGACAGUACGGAUAUGGAACAGAUUACCAGGACAUGUCAUUCUCCAUGGAAACCCAACUACGUUCAGAGAGGCUGCACUACCUAUCAUCAGCAUGAUGCAGCCUCCUGCAGUACUCAAGAGACAAGAACAACCAACCCAAAUGGAACCUAAUAUAUUACUACCAUCAUCUUCAUCAAACAUCAAUUCACUAAUGUUGAUGCAUGAAAGAGGUUCCUCAAUUGGAAAUAAACCUCUUUUCGAGCACGAUGACGACCAUUGCAUGCCUUCAACGAGUGGUAUUACUUCCUUAUCAUGCUUACAGAGAGAACACCCUACUGACACGGAUCCAAUUUCGAAUGAUCUUAUUCUUGUAAGUGGUAAACGCAUCCACAGUGAAAGCAGCGACGACACUAAGGAUGAUAAGGAGGCAACUGAGAAAAGCGUGAAGUUGAUGGAUGCACGUCCAAGAAAGCGACGAGCUAAGACAGAUCGGGAUCCAGCAUCGCCUUAAGAUCUUCAGCAUGAAAGGACCAACUACAAUCAAAUAUCUUCAUGGAUAAGGUCUAUUGUUGUCCUGCUUAGAAUCUCUAGGACUACUUACAGAGACCUAUUUCAUUUAGAUAAUUCCACUAUUUAUUUCUUCAGUUUGCAUUCAUUCGUUACCUUAAAGCAGUGGCUUACAUUCAUAUAAUAUUUUCUGCAAAUUGAUUGGUUACUUAAAAUAACCAAUACUGAUCCAUUCAUCUGUAUGCAACGCUAUAUAUCAUGAUGGAAUCAUCAAGCAUUAUUGAAAAACUUUCUAGCCAAUCACCUCUUAUUGACACAAUAACUAAGAUCCACAUGCUUACUGUUUCCUAACCUACAACCUACGCCCACUAUUAAUUCCAGUGUUCCCAUUACCAACAAUCUACAGCUAGGCCUUGCCUAGUUUCCAUAUGUCAUGUGUAUUGGGACAGUUACGGGAAACCAUGUAUAAGCCAGAAGCCGUGUCAGUUCGGUACCAAGUUUAAGUGACAUUUCGAUCCAUGCCAUUGAAUAUAAUGAAUUGUAUAUGGAUUAAAUGUAAUGAAACUUGCUACUGUAACAAGAAAACAGGGGCGGUAUUCUGAACAUUGUCUUUUCUCCAUAUUUUAUCUUUUCUCAGAGAUAUGACAAAAUCGGAAUUCUAGUGGAUGUCAUAACUUUUGUCACAAAAAUUGUCAUAAAUUUCGUAUCAUCACUUCAGCGCGCACCAAAAAUACGGGGCUUUAGAUGCGUGUAAUCCUUUAAUACAAGCAAGAGAUAUGACAAAAUUAUGACAGGGGGUAGCAGUCAUAACUUUUGUCAUAACUUUUAGUACCAA